UCAUUCGGUUUUUUGGAUUUGGCUAGUGCAGAUGCUGCCGCGUGAAUGCCAUCGUCGGAAAGUCUACUCUUGGAAAGUGAUACACUAAAGGAGCGCCAAAGUCAAAGCAAUGCAGAAUUCCCCGGCCCCGUGUGCCUGGUACUUGCCCUGGUCCCUGGCCGCCCAGCAGCACCAGCAGAAGAUGCUGCAGAUGCAGUCGCCGUUCCUGGACAAGAUGGGUGUGGGGACCACCUCGGUGGGCGGCAUUUUCGCGGCCCAGCCGCAGAUGCAGCAGCAGCUGUCGCCCAACACGGCGGCAGCUCCUCCGGCAAACUACCAGCAGCCCGCCCUGCAUCCGAGUGCCGCCCCGGGGGCCGCCCACUUUCACAUGGGAUCGCCGUACAACCACUUGGCACCGCAGCUCCUCAACGCCGGCCAGAUGAACCAGAACGCCCUGAUGCACUCCGCCAUGUUCUCCUCGCUGCCGCUGGGCGCCUACUACGCACCUGCCGCCGGCGGAGGCCACUCGGCCUUCGGAGGAGUGCCCCUCACAUCGACCGCCCAUCCCCACCAGCAAUCCCUGCUGGCGGCCACCGGCGGAGCGGCCGGGCAUAGCCACAGCCACCUGGGCCAGCAGCCACCACCGGCCGCCCAGGUGCCCGUCCAGGUGCCGGUGCAGAUGGCCCCGCGGACAGCGCCCUCCAUGGUCCAGCCUCCACUCAGCCUCAACUGCCUGCCGCACCAGGAACUGAAUCACCUGUCGUCCAUCAAUCUCAGCCUGGGCGGAGUGGUCGGUCUGCGGAACCAGGCGCCCCAGCUCUCAGCCAUCCAGGUCUUGCCAAGUGCCGAGGUGCCGAUCAAUAAAAAGACUACUUCUCCAAGGGACUCCGAUCUUAAAAUUAAGAUACCAGAAAAGCGAAAGACGGAUGAUAACGAUCAAAUAAAAGAGCUAAAGAAAGCAAAACUCGAGACAAAAGCAUUGAAGGCUAAGAGACCCGGAUUUACAGAUGAAAGGUAUCAAGAAACAUCCUACUAUAUGGAAAACGGUCUUCGCAAGGUAUAUCCAUACUACUUCACAUUCACAACUUUCACAAAAGGCCGUUGGGUGGGCGAAAAGAUUUUGGACAUAUUCUCCCGUGAGUUCCGAGCACAUCCUGCCGAGGAAUACGAGCGCUGUAUUCAAACAGGCACGUUGACAGUGAACUUCGAGAAAGUACCCAUUGACUACCGGCUGAAACAUAAUGAUCUGCUCGCUAAUAUAGUUCACAGACACGAAGUUCCUGUGACUUGUCAACCAAUUAAAAUUGUGCAUAUGGAUGAGGACAUUGUAGUUGUAAAUAAGCCAGCAUCGAUACCUGUACACCCCUGUGGACGUUAUAGGCACAACACCGUAGUCUUCAUCCUGGCAAAGGAGUUUAGUCUCAAGAACCUACGCACAAUUCACCGACUUGAUCGUUUGACAUCUGGUCUUUUGUUAUUCGGACGUAGUCCAAAGAAGGCGCGACAAAUGGAACAGCAGAUUCGCAACAGGCAGGUGGAAAAGGAAUAUAUCUGCCGAGUUGAGGGCGUUUUUCCAGAUGGCACUGUGGAGUGUAAGGAGCCCAUUGAAGUGGUUAGCUACAAGAUUGGCGUGUGCAAAGUAUCCCCUAAGGGCAAAGAUUGCACGACAACCUUCCAAAAGCUUUCCCAAAACGGCACAACUAGUGUGGUACUCUGCAAACCACUCACGGGUCGAAUGCAUCAAAUAAGAGUACACUUGCAAUACUUAGGUUAUCCCAUUCUGAACGAUCCGCUUUACAAUCACGAAGUCUUCGGUCCUCUAAAGGGACGAUCUGGAGAUAUUGGUGGAAAAUCAGACGAUGAGCUUAUACGCGAUCUCAUAAAUAUACACAACGCUGAGAACUGGCUGGGCAUAGAUUGUGAUUCCGAUAUAUCCAUGUUCAAGACCACCAAGGACGAGGCAGAUCGGGAAAGUCUCAGCAGUGAGCACACUUCCGUCGUCCAUCACAGCGACGAUGAUGGCGGCGUGAAUUCACGGGAAACAUCACCGCCAUGUACUGAAGCCCAGCAGCCAGAAGUUGGUGGUAAAAAUGCAGAGCGCACAAAUGUGACCAAGGAGUAUCCAGUUACUGCACCGAAGUCUUCCACGGAAAUUUCCACAGCUCUGCUGGAUGCAAUCGAGAUUCCCUUGAGUGGAGGUGGCUGCAAUGCGAACAAGGUCACCGUAGAUGAGCACUGCUAUGAGUGCAAAGUGCACUACCGUGAUCCCAAGUCAAAGGACCUUAUUAUGUAUCUGCACGCAUGGAAGUACAAGGGCCCUGGAUGGGAGUAUGAAACGGAGUUACCGAAUUGGGCCCGCAACGAUUGGGACCACUUAGACCCUGUAUAAGUAUACAAUACUAUAUUAGAAACCAAACAGACCAAAAUCAGCAAAAACUUAUAUAUAUAUAUCAUAAAAGAAAUGUGCCUUUAAGAUUGUAUAGCAUGCGUACGCUUCUGUUAAUGCGUUAAACAAUAAUAUUUAUGUACUCAAAGGCGUAGUUAAUGCGUUUAGAUCGAUUGUAAAAUUAUGUACGCAUUCUAGAAUCCUAUAAAGUUCACAAUCAACCACAAAUAGGCUAAUACAAGAGCUGAAAAGACGUGCAAAUAAAUUCGAAGCUUUUAUUAAAAAAUAAUAGGUAUAUUUAUAUGUAUACAAGACAUGCACUUAUCUGAAUCAACGAUAUGUGAAAGGCAAUAUAUUAUAUUAUUAUCGGAAUAGACAACUUUAUAGAAAUUAGUUUAUAUGAAUGUAAAGCGAGAUCGUAUACGCAAAAAUGAAAAUAAAUGCAAUUUUACAAAUGUUUCCUAGAAAAUAA